UUUGAAAAGGAAGAAAAAAAUGUCUACCUCUUUCUCCCCUUUUCCAAUAUCUGUCUCUUGUUGUAGCUGGCUAGCUGCUUCCUUUUUCCGUAAUUUGAUCAUUUUCUGUGUGUUUUCUUUUUGCCAAUUGUUACUGAUACAUACUUGAAGAACUGAAGCUUGUCAGUAACUUGUUGCUGAACUAUGAGUGGCGGACUUCACAACAACCCAAAGGGGCUCCCGGUUAAUGACCCAGAAAGUACUAGAAUUGAAGGGGGAGCUAUAUUGCAGUCUUUCAGCUUGAAGAUCUUCUGCUAUAAUGAACUGAAAAAGGCCACCAGGAACUUCCGUUUUAAAAAUAUUGUGGGUUUUGGUGAUUCUAAUACAGUCUACAAGGGAUGUAUUGAUGAGCAUUCACUCAAGGCCACCAAGCCUGGUACCGGCAUAGACAUCACCAUAAAGAUGCCUAGCAGAAAAGAGAGGUUCCGGCUGCAGGAUCACCAGGACUUGUUGGUGACAGAAUUUAACCGCCUUGGACAGCUUAUUCAUCCAAAUCUUGUAAAAAUGAUUGGCUACUGUCUAGAGGAUAACAAUGGGCUCCUGGUGUAUGAAUUUAUGCCUCGAGGCAGCUUGGGAGUACAUCUACAUUCAAGGGAUCCUCAAUCACAACCGCUUUCAUGGAACCUUCGCAUGAAGAUUGCGCUUAGUGCUGCUAAGGGUCUAGCAUUUCUUCACGGUGACAAGGCAAAAAUGAUAUACGGGGACUUCAAACCUUCUAAUAUUCUUCUUGAUUCAAACUAUGAAGCCAAAAUCUAUGGUUAUGGCUUGGUAGAGGAUGAUGAGCUUGAAGGUUAUAGAAGGCUUAGAGGCCAUGACACUGAAUGCUCUCUGGAUUCAUCGUACGCAGCUCCCGAGUAUCUUACGGACACACACAGAGGAGAAUAUGAGUACAGAUUUGAAAGCAGCGAUGAUGAUGAAAUGGAUGACUUUGUUCGCUUGAGUCCCAAAAGUGAUGUCUACAGUUUUGGGAUUGUUCUGCUCGAAAUGAUAUCCGGCAGACAACCUCUUGACAAUACGAAGCCAAUGAAAGAGCGCAAGUUAGUGCAAUGGGCGAAGCCUUACCUUACCAGAAGAAGAAAAAUUCUCAAAAUUAUUGAUGAUCGUAUUGAAGGCCAGUACUCCAAAGGUGGAGCUAUUAGAGCAGCUAAGCUUGUAGCUCAAUGCUUAUCACUAGAUCCCAAGGGAAGGCCGAACAUGAAUGAUGUGGUAAAAGCAUUGGAGCAGCUUCAGGAAUCCAGUGGCAUGGCUGGCUUUGGAAUUUGUGAAGAUGAACCUUCCUGCAGAAAUCAAAGUAGGAAGUAUCAAUCAGAAAGGCAAUGCAAUAACUGCUUCUUAUUCCAGGCAAUCUGUUUCCGGCAGCCAUGCAUAAGAUAUUGAUGCAUGCUUGAUGGAGGGGGCAACAAUUUCUUCAUCAAUGUUCCUCUCUAAUACAUCUCUUACACAUGAAAUUUUUAAACACUUUUUAAUGUUUUGUUCUAAAUUUUAAGAUAUAGGCAAGGUCUUCAAUGAUGAAAUAGCCUCAAAGAGCCUGAUGAACGAGCAAUUGGAGCGUAGAAAACAUGCUGGCAAGUGAUCUGCCACUGUAAAGACUUCCAUUUCUUUUUAGGAUGGGGACAUAAUACUUGAUGAAUUGUUUCAAAAUUUAUAAGAGGCAGAGAAUAAGUACAACAAACAGAGACCUUCAUACC